GUCACGCACGCGACGGUGAGAAAGAUGGCGGCGCCCGUGGAGGUCUGUCACGUCGCCUGCUGCGCCAACCGGGCGGGCGGUGGGGCCCUGUCCUGGGGACGGGGAGGGCUCCUCGCCUUCGGCAGCUGCCGCGACGUCGUCCUCUACGAGCCGGCGGCAAGGCGGACGGCCGCCGCCCUCCGCGGCCAUGCCGGCAGGGUGAACUGCGUGCGCUGGGUCCGCCGGCGGGACGGCGCUUCUGAAACAGAGUUAAUUUCUGGUGGAUCUGAUAAACAACUCAUUCUUUGGGAAUGGAAUGGAACAGGAACGUGGAAUAAUCAGCUUGUGAAAAGCAUUCCUCUCAGAGGCCAUGCUGAUGCUGUUUGUGCUGUGGAUGCUGUCUACCAGUCACAUGAACCUGAUUUAAAUCUGCUAAUAGCUUCUGCAGCUUCUGACUCUACUGUGAGAAUCUGGUCUCGGCAUGGUUCAGAAGCUAAAUGCAUUGAAAUUCUGCAGUUUGGAAAUGGAUUUGUUAUGGAUGUCUGCUUAUCCUUCUUGCCUGGCAGCAAUGUACCAAUACUGGCUUGCGGUGGUGAUGACUGCAAAAUAAGUUUGUUUAUACAGCAGGAUGGUCAGUUUCAGAAAACGUUAAUACUCCCUGGCCAUGAAGAUUGGAUAAGAGGCAUUGAAUGGGCAGUCUGUGAUGAAGACCUUUUCUUAGCAAGCUGUGCUCAGGAUUGUUUGAUAAGAAUUUGGAAAGUGUGUACAAAAUCAAAGCAGAUUCCAGAACAUGAAGAUGAUUCCAUAAGACUGAAAGAGAAUGUUUUUACUGUCAAAGAUACUGAUACAACAUAUGCAAUUACUUUGGAGUCGGUGUUGGCUGGUCAUGAAAACUGGGUGUAUGCAGUUCACUGGCAACCUUCAUUUUCGAAAGAUGGCAGCAUGCAACAACCAAUGAGGAUAUUGUCUGCAUCCAUGGACAAAACUGUGAUCAUCUGGGAACCUGACAAGGAAUCUGGAGUUUGGCUAGAACAGGUGCGGGUAGGUGAAGUGGGUGGCAAUACCCUUGGAUUUUUUGACUGCCAGUUUAGUCCAGAUGGUUCAAUGAUCAUUGCACAUGCUUUUCAUGGAGCGCUACACCUUUGGAAACAGGCUACAGUUAAUAAGAAAGAAUGGACUCCAGAAGUUGUGAUUUCAGGACAUUUUAACAGUGUAGAGGAUGUAAAGUGGGAUCCAGAAGGAGAGUUUAUCAUCAGUGUUGGUUCUGAUCAAACUACUAGGCUCUUUGCUCCAUGGAAAAGAAAACAAGAGACAGAGGUAACCUGGCAUGAAAUUGCAAGGCCUCAAGUACAUGGAUACGACAUGCACUGUCUGGCAAUGAUCGGCCGGUUUCAGUUUGUGUCGGGAGCAGAUGAAAAAGUGCUUCGAGUGUUUCGUGCUCCCAAGAAUUUUAUAGAAAAUUUCAGUAACAUCACUGGUAUUCCAAUGGAGAACCUGUGCUCCCAUCAAUCAUCUGAUCUUCCAGAAGGUGCAACUGUGCCAGCUUUGGGAUUAUCCAAUAAAGCUGUUUUUGAAGGAGAUAUGGCUGUUCAACCAGCUGAGGAUGACGAAACAUUUAAUACCAUUUCGAAUCAGUAUCCUGAGAUAUAUUUUCAACCCUUGAUCCUUACAGAACCUCCCCCAGAGGAUCACUUGCUGCAGAAUACCUUGUGGCCUGAAAUUCAGAAGUUGUAUGGCCAUGGAUAUGAAAUUUUUUGUGUUGCUUGCAAUAAUUCAAACACUGUAAUUGCCUCAGCGUGUAAGGCUUCCAAAAAAGAACAUGCAGCAAUUAUUUUGUGGAGCACUACUUCUUGGAAGAAACUGCAGAGUUUGUCAUUUCACAAUCUGACUGUUACUCAGCUGGCAUUUUCUCCUAAUGACAAAUUUUUAUUAGCGGUUUCUAGAGACAGGAAUUGGUCGCUGUGGAGGAAACAAGACUCAUCAGAGUCAGGAUCAGUUUUCAGUUGCUGUGCAAACACAGACAAAAAUACAUCUCUUCACAGUCGAAUCAUUUGGUCUUGUGAUUGGACACCAGAUAGCAAGUAUUUUAUUACUGGCAGUCGGGACAAAAAGGUCAUUAUCUGGGGCCAGUGCGAUUUGUCUCUUACUACUGAAGGGAAUAUGUCGGAUUCAGUCAAGCCUUGUUCAACAGUACUGGAUGCCGGGGACUCUGUUACUGCUGUUAGUAUCAGCCGUGUGCUUACUCCUGAUGGAAGAUAUGUUAUUGCAGUAGGCUUAGAGAAUGGCAAGAUUAUCUUGUACACAUGGAAGCAGAGUGGGCAAGAACCAGCACUAGCUGAUUGGACCACAUGUGUUGAGGUGGAUAACAGCCAAAGUCAUGCUCUUGCUGUGAAACGCUUAUGUUGGAGACAUCAUGUGGGCAGAGCUGGACAUAAUGAUCAGAACAGCAGUGAGUGGCUGCAGCUUGCAAGUUGUGGAGCUGAUCACUGCGUUAAGAUAUUCAAUGUCAACAGAUUUGCUCUUUAGCAAAGACAGCAAGCAGAUUCACAACAUUUUAUUUCAGCUUUAGUAAUUUUGAUUGUUGAAUUUUCUGUUUUCUGCUGUGGAAGGUGAAACAUCUGACACGUAACUUAUUAAAAGCAACUUUUGUGGUA